AUGAAGGAGUUUGGUGUGGGAGGAGGGGUUCCGGGGUGGGAAGAGUUUCCAGUGGGGGACAGAGAGGCCCUGAAGGCACAUAGCAGAGGCAGUGCCCUGGGAGGGAGGGAACGAGUAGAAGGCAUAGGAGGGGUGGAAGAGGGAACUGCAGGGCUUGCGAGUGGGGAGUUUUUGGGGCUGAAUACCUUUCAAACAGGCAGCUUCCGGGACUCUGUGUUUGACCGAGAUGAGAUGCUCAAAGAAUUCAACGUUGGGUCAGCAAAGGGUCUGCAAGAGAGGGGGAUAGCCACGAGCCCAGCAGAGGACGUGCAGGAGUAUCGAGCUGCCAAGGCUCUGAGUGACAGUAGCACGCACACUCCCGCAUUCCCGACCGUUGCAGACCGUGUCGAGGAUUUUCUGAGAGGGUUCUCGCCAAAGCGGCAGGCGAAGGAGGGGCGGGGCGGGCCUCUGGCCCGAGCGAUCACCGACUGGGUGCUCCGACUCCACCUGGUGGCAACAGAGACUAGCAGCAGCAGUGGCAGCAGCAGCACCACUAGCAGCACUAGCGGAGCGGCAAAGGGAGAGAGACAGGAUAUGAGCUGGGUGGCGCUGGCCCUGGGGGCGUACUCCCCGGGCAAGUUAAAGCCCAUGCUGAGAUCCCCCCGGGAGGUGGAUGCGUUUAUGGAGUUCAUGGUGGGCAUGACCACCCUCACGCCCGCCUGCAACUGCUGCAGCUUGUGUCUCAACGUGUUCAACCGGGCAGUUACUCCUGCGGCCGUUGUUGCCUCGUUUGCUUUCCGCCCCUCCUCGGUGCUCCUGCGCUGCAUCCUCUCGCUGUAUCCCCAGCGCUUCACUCCGCUCCUAGACAUGCUCGGGAUCCCCCCCUGCCAGACCUGCUGGGCAGCGACUGGGGAGGACGAGAGGGUGAGGGAUUGUUGUGUGGGGAUGAGGCGGAGGGAGAGGGAGUAUGAGGAGAUUAGUAGGGGGAAGGAAUGGGAUUUGGUGGAUAGGAUGGUUGCUGCUGCUGCUGCUGCUGCUGGUGCUGCUGGUGCUGCUGCUUCGGAGGCUGAGAGUGAGGUGGGAGGCGGGUUGAAAAUGGCGCCUGCAUACCUGGUGCCGUGGGUGGGGGGAGUGAACCCGUUUGCAUGCUUGCGGGAGAUGCUGCUGGGGGAGACGUGCUACUGGGAGCUCUCAGACGGGCGGAGGGUUGGGGUGACACCUGGGGCAGGUGCAGGAGCAGGAGAAGCAGGAGGAGCUGUGGCAGCAGAAGGGGUGCGUUGCUGUGCCUUCCCCGAGUGUGGCCGGGCGGAGGGGCCGGGGAGGCCGCCAUUGAAGGCUUGCUCGCGGAAGGCGUGGAGUGCUCCUUCCCCACCCCCUCCAUUCUCCCCUUUCACGCCUCCGAGCCAUCGCCGUUUUCAAAGGAGACUAAUGAUAAGAGUUUUUCUUUCGUGCUCAUCGCCCUGCGUUUGUUCCGCCCCAACGCUUUUCCUCCCCUCCUCCUUCCUGAACCCCUCUCCCCUCCUCUUUCCCCCCUUCUCUCCUGUGCUCUCGCGUCCCCCCGCCUGCCCAGUUCCUAGAGUGGGCAGCAUUUUACGUAUUGUACCUUUCCCCCAAAGCAUGAAUCAAACUCACACCAGACAACCCCCCUCCGUCCUCCCUUCUGCCCUCCUCCCCCAUACCACCCAGUUCCUAGCAUGGGCAGCAUCCCACGGGUUGUACCUCUCCCCCAAGACACGAAUCAAGCUCACACCAGACGUCCCACCAGAGCCUCUCGAAUCCGCUACAGACAGCCCCGCUACAAAGACAAAAACCACUAGCGGCAGCAGCAGCAGCAGCGGCGGUGGUGCCGGUGGUGGUGGCAAGGGUGGUAGCAAGAAGGAGGAGAAGGGGGGCAAAGGGGGGAAAGGGGAGAGUGGAGGGCGUGGGAUGGUGCGUUUGGUGCGAGGGCUGGUGGCAGAGGCGGAUAUGGAGUCGGGAGACACGCUGUGCAAGAUACCGGUGAGUGCUACGACGCAGGUUAUCAGGGGUACGAUAGGCAGUUUUUAUGGGCCAACAGAUGAGGUGGCUGAUCCGAGGGCUGGUGGCAGAGGCGGAUAUGGAGGCGGGAGACACGCUGUGCUAGAUACCGGUGAGAGUUAA